UACUUUAAAACUUGAAGGGAAUGUGAAGCAGCUGUUCAUAAAUGAGAAAUGGGAGAAAUAAUGGAGAUGACAAUGUAGAACCAAGAGGAAUGUAAUGUGAUUUUUUUUUUUUUUGCAACCUUCAGAAUACUGAAGUGGACUUCUGGAUUAUGCCCAUCAUACAAGGAUUUGUGGAAAUUGAAGAACUUGUAGUCAACUAUAGUGAAUCUUCUGAUGAUGAGAAGAGCAGUCCUGAAACGCCACCUCAGGAAUCAACUUGUGUAGAUGAUGUUCAUCCAACGUUCCUCGUGGUGCUUAUUUCACGACGGAGUCGGCACAGAGCUGGAAUGCGGUAUAAGCGGCGAGGUGUUGAUAAAAAUGGAAAUGUGGCAAAUUAUGUUGAGACAGAGCAACUGAUUCAUGUUCAUAACCAUACUCUUUCGUUUGUACAAACAAGAGGCUCUGUGCCUGUUUUCUGGAGCCAAGUUGGAUAUAGAUAUAACCCACGGCCCCGUCUGGACAAGAGUGAAAAUGAAACAGUGUCCUGUUUUCGUGCACAUUUUGAAGAACAGUUGAAAAAUUACAAAAAGCAGGUCAUUAUUAAUCUGGUGGAUCAGACAGGCAGAGAGAAGAUUAUUGGAGAUGCUUACCUUAAACAAGUUCUUCUGUACAAUAAUGCAAAUUUGACCUAUGUUUCAUUUGACUUCCAUGAGCACUGCCGAGGAAUGAAGUUUGAAAAUGUUCAAACACUGACUGAUGCCAUUCAUGACAUUAUUCUUGACAUGAAGUGGUGCUGGGUUGAUCAAGCUGGUGUGAUUUGUAAACAGGAAGGAAUUUUUCGAGUUAACUGCAUGGACUGUCUGGAUCGUACCAAUGUAGUGCAGGCAGCUAUUGCAAGAGUGGUCAUGGAACAGCAGCUCAAAAAACUGGGUGUGAUGCCUCCAGAACAGCCUUUGCCGGUGAAAUGCAAUAGAAUCUACCAGAUAAUAUGGGCAAACAACGGAGAUGCCAUAAGCCGGCAGUACGCUGGCACAGCAGCCUUGAAGGGUGACUUCACAAGGACUGGUGAAAGAAAGCUGGCAGGAGUAAUGAAGGAUGGAGUAAAUUCUGCAAACAGAUAUUACCUGAAUCGUUUCAGGGAUGCUUAUAGGCAAGCAGUCAUAGACUUGAUGCAGGGUAUCCCUGUAACAGAGGAUCUCUACUCCAUAUUUACAAAAGAGAAGGAGCAUGAAGCCCUGCACAAAGAGAAUCUGAGAAGCCAUCAGGAAUUGAUUAGUCAGCUCUUGCAGAGCUACAUGAAACUGCUUUUACCAGAUGAUGAAAAAUUCCAUGGAGGAUGGGCACUUAUUGAUUGUGACCCAAGUCUCAUUGAUGCCACUCAUAAAGAUGUGGAUGUUCUGCUGUUGCUUUCUAAUUCUGCCUACUACGUGGCCUAUUACGAUGAUGAAAUUGACAAGGUGAAUCAGUACCAAAGGCUAAGCCUUGAAGCACUGGAAAAAAUAGAAAUAGGGCCUGAGCCUACUCUCUUCGGCAAACCCAAGUUCUCAUGCAUGAGGCUACACUACAAGUACAAGGACACAAGUGGAUAUUUUCACACCCUUCGAGCUGUGGUACGCAACCCAGAUGAAGAUGGAAAAGACACUCUUCAGUGCAUUGCAGAAAUGCUGCGAAUCACAAAACAAGCAAUGGGAUUAGAUGUGCCUAUUAUUGAGAAAAAGCUGGAGAGGAAGAGCAGCAAACCUCACGAAGACAUCAUUGGCAUUCGCUCUCAGAACAGAGGGUCCCUGGCACAAGGCAAGAAUUACUUACUCAGCAAGUUUUCAUCUCUCAAUCAAAAAGUGAAACAAACCAAAUCCAACGUAAACAUCAGCAAUCUUCGGAAGUUAGGCAGCUUCGCCAAACCUGAAGUGAAAGUUAAUUUUUUAAAACCGAAUUUGAAAGUUAAUCUUUGGAAAUCAGACAGUAGCCUUGAAACUUUAGAGAAUCCAGCAGUAGAUACUAAAGUCCAUGCUGAAUCUGAUACAGAAAUGUCAGAUAAUGAUUCUUUCCACUCAGAUGAUUUUCUGACAAAUUCUAAAUCUGAUGAGGACAACCAGUUAACUGACUCUCUAGAGAACAUAGGGCAGAUAGAUUAUGUGCUGCCUAGUUGUGGUAUCAUUGCCUCAGCUCCACGGCUGGGCAGUCGGUCCCAGUCUGUAAGCAGCACUGAUAUGAACAUCAGCAUUCAUGUUCCAUCUGAGAUUCAUGUCACUCAAGCUAACCAGUCUGACUGUGAAGAUGUACCUGUACCUUCUGCUGACAAUGCAGAGAUGGAAUUUGCUAAACCUAUUGAUGUGUACUGCCAGAGAUUUGUACAGGAUGCUCAAAAUAAGAUGUCAGAUGCUUUGGAGGCAGAGACUUGCUCUCAAGAGCCACAUCACGUAAUAAAUGAAACCAGCAAUAAUAUAUGUAAGAAAGCAGAAAACAAGACUGAAACAAUCACAGGCAUUCCUUCCAGGCCAUCCAAGCUGGAUGUACAAUCUUCUGAGCCAAAUCCUCAGCUCUUAGCAGUUGAUGGGACUGACUUUACUAAAUCUCACAGAAGCCCAGGAUCUGCUUCUGGUAUCCCUGAGACAGGACUCCACACAACUCCUUCUCCAGCUGACAGUAGCAGCAGCAGAGCUGUAUCUCCUUUUGCUAAAAUUCGCAGUUCCAUGGUCCAGGUUGCUAACAUCACACAAGCAGGAUUGACUCAAGGAAUUAAUUAUGCUGUGGCAAAGGUCCAAAAGAGCCCUGCAGAAUCAGAAGCUCUAAAUGAAAUCAAACAAAAAGAACUGAAAGAAAUGUUUACACAAUGCCAGACACGAAUAAUUCAAAUUUAGUUGUUAAUGGAGUGUUCUUGUUGUGGCUUUUAAUAUACCAAUACUUAAAAAAAAAAAAAAAAAAACCAACCUC